UGCCUUAGUUCAGCAAUGCCACUUGUGAUCAAAGGGGGACCGGACCGUUCCUUAAGCGCGGACCGUGCGGCUUUAAACCCAUCCAAGACGCUGCCCCUGGGUCGAAGUGCAAGUUGUUGCUGUGGUGGUGGUGGUGGUUGUUGUUGCCGCCGCCGCCGUUUGGAAAAAUUGCGCGUUUUUACUUAACGUUAAGCAAAAUAAAAAGGGAACGGUCAGUAAAUAUAAGCAACCCCAGGCUGAUCGACAAUCAGGUCUCCCCAAAAUCAGCAUGGAGGGCGCUAGUUGGGAUAGUGCUUAUGAGAGGGAACUGCAGACGUUUCACGAUUUGGGAGAUGUUGGUGAAAUCUGGUUUGGUGAAGGAAGUAUGGAUCGAGUGAUAACAUGGUUGGGACGGCAAACUAUUUCAAGCGAUGCCGCUUUUCUGGACAUUGGAACAGGCAAUGGUGUUUUUUUGAUAGAAUUGGCCAGAGCUGGAUUCAGUAACCUGACCGGGAUUGACUAUUCAACUUCUGCUGUGGAACUCGCGAAAGCCAUUGUUGAAAAAGAACAGAUUGUGGGUAUAAAACUACAGGUGGCAGAUUUCUUGUGUGAAUCUCCUAACCUUUCUCACUACGAGGUCUGCAUUGACAAAGGAACUUUUGAUGCCGUUAGCUUGAGUCCUGACCAUCCUGCUGAUAAACAAAGGAUGUAUUUGGAAUCCUUGCACAGGGUUUUGAAGGAGGGAGGCUUGUUCCUCAUAACAUCCUGCAACUGGACCAGAGAGGAACUCAUAAAUCAUUUCAGUGAAGGAUUUCAGAUGCUACAUGAGUUGCCAACACCAAAAUUCCAGUUUGGGGGGAAAAGUGGAAAUAGUGUCACAGCGCUGGUUUUCAAAAGAAAAACACAAGUCGAGUAACUGCAGGUCACAAGGUUCCGCCAGUGUUCAGCUCCAGAUCUCUGUUUUGUGGGAAUCACGUUCACUCAAGAGAGUGAAACAAACUGUUUCGCUGAGCUCAGAUACAUUUGCAAACGUGUUUCAGAUCGGAAAGAGGUAGAUGGCUGCCGGUUAAUUCCUUGCGAAAUGAUCAUCUUCAUAUCGAGAAUCGUCAUUCAAUGAAUCUGGAUGUGGUGGUUAAAACGGUCAAUCUGAAAUUGUCUUGACAAAUAGGAGGGAUUUUGGGUUUCUCUUCCUUCGAACUGUCUGGAGACUAUUUAUAUUGCAAAGUGUGCUGGUGCCCUCUUGUGGUGCGAGGCAGACUGUGGCAUGAACUGCUGGCAUCACUGUGCUUGAGAAUGGGACUGCACCACCAAAUUUAAGCAUUCUGUUCCAGUCACUUUUCCCAGCAAUGCCACAAAUCCAGAAAUCUAUUUUGCACAAGGGGCUCCAGUUACGUUUGAUGUUCUGCGUCGUUUCUAUUUUGCCAGGUGUUCACGUGACAGAAUGACUGGAUAUUUUAAAGCUGUAUAAAGAGCAUCCAUUCACAAACCUUAGUAAAACAACUAGACACGUGUCCUUUCAAUAUUUAGAUAAGUUCUUUUUAUUAUAAACACUUAAUGUGUGGCCAUUUUUAAGACGGCCGGUGUGGUUUGUGAAGGAUGGGGUCAAUAUUCUAUGGGUUCGUGAUUCUAAGGGAUGACCCAGGAAACCCCAAAUUGCUAAGCAUCUCAAUGAUUGAAGCCAUUUUCAAUAAUUGUCCUGCUUCCAAGCAAAACAUCUUCCAAAUGAAACUGCAGUGAAAGGAAAUUGAACCAUUAAGAGUAAGACCAAUAAACCACUGAGCCAUCAUUAAUAUACAACAGCUGGAAACUAGAGCCAUCCACAUCCUUAUUCCUAGGCCACCUAGGAAGACAGUAAAUAACAGCCAGAUAAUCUACUCAAGGCUGUUGCCUCAGAUGAUUUGCAGCUCUACUCCUCUGACUUACCCUGAAAUGCACAUUUCCACUAUUGAAGGAUGUGCUUGAUUGGAGAAUGGACUUACAGAAUGCAUUCAAACACAGAACACUAGGUACUGAGAAUCACAGUGUACUCAAUCUCAUGGUUAAAGCCAUCUGGUCAGAUGUUUUUGUGCCAUAUUCUGGAUGUACAGUAUUUUAAUGUUUGCACCAAACAUCCAGAAGGGCAGAUUGAUCUUGGUCAUAAAAUGUACCAGUUCCACUCCCUGAUCUUCCAGCUAAGUGCCUGUUCAAACAGGGCAAGCUGAUCUGUGCCAAUUUCCUCCCUCCUGUGGAAUGCCUGGAUUCUCUAAUGCACACAUCCCAGCAACCUGCUGGAGAACUAACCAAACUGAGGAGAGCAGGUUUGAAUGACAGGGAGCUCUGGGGCUUAGACUUGGAGCCUUGGUUGGAGUUGAGAGGGGCACUUGAGUAACAUUUCUCAUACGCAUCAACUAGAGGCAAAUUUUAAAAAUCGUGGUUUUCAUACAGAAUCUUCAAGUGUCGUGUAAUGAACAAAUAGUGAGACCUACAGAAUUGCCUCAAUGUCCGAAUUGUAAAGUGAACAGUAGGUGGUAGUAUGUACCACACGGACUAUUAAUCCAAUGCAUUGACUGAAAAAACAGAUUAGCCUUAACCAAGGUCUGACUAUUUAUACCUGCUGAAAUAAUGAUGUACCAUAUCCUGCUUAGGGAUGCAUUUACUCACGUAAUCUGGCAAGCUUUUGUCCUUCGUAAGCACUUAAACGGUAGACAUGUGGAGAAUUUCGUACAACUGAUUUCAUUCACUGACACCAUUUUGACAAGUUCCUUUUUCAAAAUGGCAGAUGUGAAGAAAGCCUCCUUUACUGAAAUGUUCACAAAUAUAAAUGUUUUAAUACUUAGCAACCCCCUAAUAACGUUAAAUCCAAGAACUAUCGGAAAAAUACUCAUUAAGGUGGGGUAUAUCUUUAGUUAUUUUGACAUGAUACGAUUUUUAAAAAAUAAACAAAUCUAUAUUUUGA